UAGCACGCCCCGCAGCCAUAGAUCCAUUAGGGUUUACUUGCGUACGGAAAUCAGAGCGGCGGCGGCUGAUAGCUAGCACAAUCGACCUUGCGGACGGGAAGCUCAGAGAGUGUUGCGGAGGAAGCAACAAGGGUGGCGGGGAGAAGGAUGGAUUCAUCUUCUCAGGAGUUAACGGAGAUGGAGAAGGAGAUGGAGAGGAUGGAGAUGGAGAGGAAAACAUCUUCAAAGGGAAAGAAGGAGACGAGGAAGGGGGAAAAAUCGCUGGUUGCGAUUGAGCCCCCAGCGCCGCCGGCACUGGCGAAGAUUCGUGGUAAGGAGGCGCUGGAGAUAGCGAGCGACGAGGAGAGCGAUGAGGGGCCAGAGGAGAGCGAAGAGGAGCCCGAGGAGAGCGACGAGGAGCCCAAGGAGUCCCGCACCGACCUACGUGCGUACGAAGCCCGUCUCUACCGCGAUUUCUGGAAUGAUGUGUUCGCCGGCGAGGAGUACGGUUCCUACGACACUGUCACUGUUAUUCCUCCCAUGUAUUUCACCGACCGCAGUCAUGAUGACUUCGUCCAUGUCCAGCACACAUUGCAAAUCUUUUCAGUCAAAGUAACAGAUGUAGCAGAGGGCUUAAGAUGGCCACUGGAUGUCUAUGGUCAUGUUGCUGUCAGAGAUGUGGUAGAUCAUAAUCGGAAUAUGAUCUUUCACCGUGAGAGAGGGAAUAGCCAAACCAUUUUCGAAAAGGAUCCAUAUCUAGCACUUACAGGUCCUACACGGGCUGUUGUUGUGUCAGUACAUCCUGUGCACUUUGAGGUUGAUUUGAAAGUGAAAGGCACCAUUGAGUCUGAGGAUAAAGAUUUAAGUUUUCUAGCAGUCUCGUACAGAAGUUGCGGCCCAUCUACAUCAUAUGUGAUUGAUAGGGUUGAGACUAGCAAGCUGAGUACAGUGGAGUUCACAUUUGCCCACAUUGUUAACUCGGUGGAGGCUACAAUCAGCGUGGAAGUCAUUAGUGGUAGAUGGCCUCUUGGUUAUCGAGGUAUAUUUACUGCCAUGACAUCCACUAUCGAGGACAUGGAAGUAUCUCUGCUUGAUUUCGGAGGUGACAAACUGCCUGUGGAUAAUGAUGGCAAGAUCGAGCUUUCACGCCGCGUUGUUUCUGUCGAACUCCUUGACCCUGAACACCAGAAGGUCUCAAAGCUUAAGGUUUCAGUGCAAGCAGAAUGCAUUGAUGGGAAAAAGAACAGGGUGAAAUGUGAUCUGUCUUUUAAGCCUAAGGAAGCCGAUAGAAGUGAGGGGAAGAUGAAGAUCGUCUCAUGUGAGCUGAAAGUAACUGUGGCUUGGUCUCUACUCUCGACUUUCAAAUGUAGCUACGACUAGCCCAUCCAACUCGCCUUAUGAGUAUCUGUGCUUGCUUUUGUUGUUGAAGAUUGCCCAUUCUUGGAAGCUGGCCAGUUGCUAUUGCCCUAUUUACAUUAUUAUGUGCCAUGUUCUGUAGUUUUCCUACGACUGUAGUGCUGCUUAGCAAGUGCUGUCAGUUGGGUGCUUGCUAUGUUAUCCUAGUCGAAUUUGCCCUAGCUAAAUGUUUAAGCUAUAUGUUGUACUAACUAGGCGGCGCUUGAGUAUGUUGUAUAUGUUCAAGUGUUGUUGUCUGUGUCACCAAGUUAAUUGUUCUGUUAAA